UUCUCGUCAUGCGUAUCUCUAUGCACACCUACACAGUCAGACAUGACGGAUUCCGCCUCGAAAACGGCAAACUUUACCGAAGUAUGGGACACCGAUUGGUAUCUGAAAUUCGCUUUUACAAACCCUGACACUCCAUUUAACAGAUACAUGUUAAGGCAUUUCCACGAAGUGUACAAGAACAUUAUCCCCAACGACCGGCAAGAUAAGAGAUGUCUCGAUUACGGCGGCGGCCCAACAAUCUACAGCCUUAUCAGCGCCAGUCCCAGAGCCAAGGAGCUUGUUUCCGCAGAUUAUACACCAUCAAACCAAGAGGCCGUGAAAUUAUGGAAAGAAAAAGAUCCCAAGGGAUUUGAUUGGCGGCCAUUCAUCGAAUACGUUGUUAAGAAUCUUGAGGGAAAGUGCGACGGCCAGGAAGUCACGCAACGCGAGGAAGAUAUCCGAAGUAAAGUCACGCUUGUACCAUGUGACCUAAAAGCUGAUGACAUCCUAGCGUUACCGCCAGAUAUGACAUUACAUGGGCCACCGUAUGACGUCAUAGGGUCCUGUUUCACUGUUGAAAUUGUUGUAGAGAAUGAGUCAGAGUAUAUUAUAGCAGUGCAGAAGCUCUCCAACAUGCUGAAACCAGGAGGUCAUCUCAUUUUAAGUGGAUGGAGUGAACGCAUGUCUUGCGAGGCAGUGAAGGAUGCUGUUGGUGGCUUGCCAGGCAUGGAGGAUGUAGACAAGGUUGAAUUCGGUCUUGGUCAAGUGUCGGUAGAUUUUGUAAAGGAGUGCAUGGGAAAAGCAGGCUUGGAAGUGGUUUAUGCCCAAGGGUCAGAGGCGGAAGAUGCUGAUGAGGGCGGGCCUGAGAGAUACCAUUUUGUUGUAGGGAGAGCUCCAAAAUAGUGCUCAUGCACGGGGCAUAACAAUUUGCUGAGGGGGUGGAACAUUCAUGUGGGAACUGUAUAAUACUUAAAGCCGCAUUGUCACCAGUUUACUUCCGGAGGUACGACGGAAACCUCAGCCGUUAAAAGCCAAAAAAAUCUAUUCAAAUCCGAAAUAUUUAACAGGCCAUCCGCUCGAAAUAAGCAGUCACAUCCUCAAAGAAACUUCCAAUAGACACAAUGCUUUCUAUGUUUUGAAAUAUCUUUUGCGUUUCCCGUUAAAAAUCAUCGGAGAUUGUAACGUAAUAGACUGGAAGUAAACUGGUGACAAUGCUCCUUGAAGGGGACAGUCAAGGAGUACACACAGUCCUUACACACCCUGUAUUUGUUACUCUAUGGCUACUCAUUUCCCAAAGGAUUGCAGUAGAAUAAUCUAGAUUUGAUAUUUUAAACCUUAAAUUAGAGUAGUGUGGCUGAUAUUUAGAAUGUUAGCUGUUCAAGUGUGCUUUACAAAGGUUUUUGAAAGCCACUCUAACAAUACUUAGAAUUGAAAAAUCAGGCAACACUAUCUAACAGUCACUGUGAAUUAACAUUUCCUUAGGCCAAGAUAUGUAACUUCUUCUAUAUAUUACAAUUUUAUCACAGCAAUGUGAUUGUGUCUCCCCAUCUAUUUUCAAAGACAAAUUUAUACCUCCCCCCCCCCACAAUUUCUGAAAAAUGUAUACAUGUAUGAUGUACUUCUGCUUUUAUGCUUAAUCCUAUUCAAUGUUCUAUUGAGACAAAUAAGCUUUUGGUAUCAUGUUUAUGCAACAAGGACGAAAGUUAUUCAAUUUGCAAAGUUGUUCAACUUGUUUGUUCCUUUUUGUGAAAAAAGGGAAUUAUAGUUGUGCCAUGUUCUUUGUCCCCCAAUAUGGUGCACAGAUCAGCUUUGCAUUUUUAAUAAACACUGCUGGUGUUGAUUG